ACACCCCUCACUUUUUAUUCCCUUAAUUCUCACAUUUCCCCCUGUCAUUCCCCUAAUCGCGAGAUCCAGCUGCAGAUCCCGCAAAUCAAGAACACGCCUUCGCCUCAUAUAUCAAUCAAAUCGUGCAAACCAAACCCUAAUUUCAUUAAAUCCUCUGUAUAUUUCUAGUUUUGGAACAAUUUGUUGGUUUAAAGCUAUCUAUGUUUGGAGGUCAUGUGACUGUUCCUGUUAACAGUCCACAUCUAAGGAAGUCUGGAAGUAGACAGUUGUUUUCGGAGCUCGAGACAAGUGAAAUGAAGGGUGCCGGCAGCACACAGUUGGCGGCUGCUGCGAUGUUACCGUCUCCGGUUUUGCUGUGGAGGCUUAAGGUGAUGCUGUUCUUUUUAUGGGGAUUCAGCUGUUGCAAGAUUAGUUGGGAUUCUGUCAUGAGGAUGAGUUUGGACCUGCGAGAUCUUUUUCUUUAUGAGGCUUUUCUGUACUACAAUCCUCUUCUUCUUGUGACAGCUGCAGUUUGGUUUUGGGGCGCAAAUUUAUGGGUGUUUUCUCAGUCUAACGUCAAUUAUUCCAAGAUUUUUGACCUCGAUCAGAAUCAUCUUACUCAUAAAGAAAUAUGGAAGGUCGCCACAUGGAUGACAAUUAUUGUUCCAACGAGCAUGACCUCAUAUCUGUAUCUAUAUUCUCAUGGUGAAGUCUCAUGGGCUGCAUCUCAACCAGUACUCUUAUACACUGCCGUUGCAAUCAUCUUGAUAUUCCCCUUUGAUAUAUUUUAUUUGUCAUCGCGUUUCUUCUUGUUAAGGACGCUUUGGAGAAUAGUAUUCCCUUUUCAGGCAAUAGCAUUUGCUGAUUUUUUCGUGGCUGAUAUAUUGACCUCAAUGUCAAAGGUCUUUUCAGAUUUGGAACGUUCUGUUUGUAGAAUGGUUCAUAGGCAGGUGGCAACGAUUGCUUGGUUUGAAGCUGAUUCUGUUUGUGGCAGUCAUUCUGUUGCUAUUCCUAUUGUUCUUGUAUUGCCUUACAUAUUUCGGCUGUUUCAGUGUUUAAGGCAAUACAAGGACACCAAGGAAAAAACUUCUCUACUAAAUGCAUUGAAGUAUUCAACUGCUGUACCGGUGAUUUUUCUUUCUGCGUUGAAGUAUCAUGUGUUCCCUGAUAAUUGGAUUAACUUCUACCGGCCUCUCUGGUUACUCUCAAGUUUUUUGAAUUCUUUGUACUCGUUUUACUGGGAUAUCACUCGAGAUUGGGAUUUAAGCGGCUUUACUCGGAUCUUCAAGUUCACCAAACCACAUCUCGUCUCACAAUUGAUUUACGGACAAAAUUGGGUAUACCUUUGGGUGAUAGGUAGCAAUCUGAUAUUAAGGUGCACUUGGACAUACAAGUUAUCAGCCCAUCUUCGCCAUAAUUACUUGACGGUUUUUGCAAUUACGGCAUUGGAGAUUUUCCGCAGAUUCCAAUGGGCUUUUUUCCGGGUGGAAAACGAGUGGAACAAAAUGAACUCUAAACAAAAUGUUCAGAUGCAAGACAUAUCAGGUGAAGAAGAAAAACUACUCAACUUGAACAAUCACAAUGUAUAGACAGACAUAUAUUUGACCCACCAUAUCAUAUUUGACCUACGGACGUUAUUCGGUCGGAUUGAGUUCUUGUUUCUUAUUUUUUCAAUAUUUGGUAAAACUUGGUUUUUGUAUCUUUGAUUUUGGAGAAAUCGUAACUAGGCUGGCUUAGUCAAGA